GGUCCCCCCCCAACCGUCUGCCUCCCCCGACCGCCACCACGACGAGCGGGACGACACGGACGCACGGACAGAGAGACCACCACCCACCCCUCAGCGGAUAAUCUUAGACUAUCAGAGGGAUAACGAAAAGACUAUCUAAAUAUUUGAUCCAAUAGGAGUGCCAGCUGCUGAACUGUGAAGUUAGAGAUGCUUCACAGAGUUGUUUGUGCUGUUGCUGCUGCUCCUCCCAAGGGCUGUGGAAGAGACACCGGGAGAGACCCUAGGAGCUGUAGAGACAUUAUUAAGAAUGUGAAAACCUUCGCGUCUUCAGAUAGUCUAGCCAAGGUCCAAGAAGUAGCAAGCUGGCUUUUGGAAAUGAAUCAGGAACUGCUGUCUGUGGGCAGCAAGAGACGACGAACUGGAGGCUCUCUAAGAGGUAAUGCUUCCUCAAGCCAAGUAGAUGAGGAACAGAUGAAUCGAGUGGUGGAGGAGGAACAGCAGUUAAGACAACAGGAAGAGGAACAUAUUGUGCGAAACGGCGAGCUUGUUGGGGCAGAGCCUAGACUCAGAGACCAAAAUGAUUCCCAGCAAGAACAAUUAGAAGAAAACAACAAUCGGUUUAUUGCAGUCGAUGAAGAAUCCACUGGUAACCAAGAAGACCAAGAGGAUGAAGAGGAGCAUGCUGGGGAACAAGAGGAAGAGGACGAGGAGGAGGAGGAGGAGAUGGACCAGGAGAGUGAUGAUUUUGAUCAGUCUGACGACAGCAGUAGGGAGGAUGAACACACAAAUAGUAAUAGUGUCACAAAUUCCAAUAGUAUCGUGGACUUGCCCAUUCACCAGCUCUCCUCUCCAUUCUAUACAAAGACCACAAAAAUGAAAAGAAAGUUGGAUCAUGGCUCCGAGGUUCGUUCUUUUUCUCUGGGAAAGAAACCGUGCAAAGUCCCAGAAUACACAAGCACUACUGGGCUUGUGCCAUGUUCAGCAACACCAACCACCUUUGGGGACCUGAGAGCAGCCAAUGGUCAAGGUCAGCAGCGACGCCGGAUCACCUCUGUCCAACCACCUACCGGUCUCCAGGAAUGGCUGAAAAUGUUUCAGAGCUGGAGUGGACCAGAGAAGUUGCUUGCUUUAGAUGAACUUAUAGAUAGUUGUGAACCAACACAAGUGAAACACAUGAUGCAAGUGAUAGAACCCCAGUUUCAACGGGACUUCAUUUCCUUGCUCCCCAAAGAGCUGGCACUUUAUGUGCUUUCAUUCCUGGAACCCAAGGACCUGCUGCAGGCAGCUCAGACAUGCCGCUACUGGCGAAUUCUAGCUGAAGACAACCUUCUGUGGAGAGAGAAAUGCAAGGAAGAGGGGAUUGAUGAACCAUUGCAUAUCAAAAGAAGAAAAGUAAUAAAGCCAGGGUUUAUACAUAGCCCAUGGAAAAGUGCUUACAUCAGACAGCAUAGAAUUGAUACUAACUGGCGGCGAGGAGAACUGAAAUCUCCUAAGGUGCUCAAGGGCCACGAUGACCACGUGAUCACCUGCUUACAGUUCUGUGGUAACCGAAUAGUUAGUGGUUCCGACGACAACACAUUAAAAGUCUGGUCAGCAGUUACAGGCAAAUGCUUAAGAACAUUGGUGGGUCAUACUGGUGGAGUUUGGUCAUCGCAGAUGAGAGACAACAUCAUCAUCAGUGGGUCUACAGACCGGACGCUGAAGGUUUGGAAUGCCGAGACCGGGGAAUGCAUCCAUACUUUAUAUGGGCACACUUCCACCGUUCGCUGCAUGCAUCUCCACGAGAAAAGAGUUGUCAGUGGUUCUCGAGAUGCCACGCUUAGAGUUUGGGACAUCGAGACAGGCCAGUGUCUACAUGUUCUGAUGGGUCACGUUGCUGCUGUCCGAUGUGUCCAGUAUGACGGCCGCAGGGUUGUUAGUGGAGCAUACGAUUUUAUGGUGAAAGUAUGGGAUCCGGAGACUGAGACCUGCCUCCACACGCUGCAAGGGCAUACUAACAGAGUCUAUUCAUUACAGUUCGAUGGCAUCCACGUAGUGAGUGGCUCCCUGGAUACUUCAAUCCGAGUUUGGGAUGUGGAGACAGGAAACUGCAUUCACACUUUAACAGGACACCAGUCGUUAACAAGUGGAAUGGAACUCAAGGACAACAUUCUUGUCUCUGGAAAUGCAGAUUCUACAGUUAAAAUCUGGGAUAUCAAAACAGGACAGUGUUUACAGACAUUGCAAGGUCCCAACAAGCAUCAGAGUGCCGUGACCUGUUUACAGUUCAACAAGAACUUUGUAAUUACCAGCUCCGAUGACGGGACUGUAAAACUGUGGGACUUGAAAACGGGUGAAUUUAUCCGCAAUCUAGUCACAUUGGAGAGUGGGGGGAGCGGAGGUGUCGUGUGGAGGAUCAGAGCCUCCAACACAAAGCUAGUGUGUGCAGUUGGAAGCCGCAACGGGACUGAGGAAACAAAGCUGCUGGUGCUGGACUUUGAUGUGGACAUGAAGUGAAGAGGGGAAAAGAUGAAUGUGUCCAAAUGUGUAGACGUAUUCCCCACCCUUCCCCCCUGCAACAACAACAAAACAACAACAACAAAAUCCCUUGUUCUCAGUGGUGCAGGAUGUUGGCUUGGGGCAACAGAUCGGAAAGACCUACAGGUGAAGGAGAAGACGAACAGAUGACAAACCGAAACUGACGAGAGAGAGGCAUCCACUGCCUCAUCACAGAGAGGGAGAGGCUUCACUUUGGACUGAGGGCAGCUUUGCAAAAUAUGACUUUCUAAAUCAAACCAGGUGCAAUUAUUUCUUUAAUUUCCUCUCAAGAGCAAGCAGUCAUUGGGCAGUGUGAAUUCUGAAAUGUUACAAAUUGGGAUAACCUGUUCCUUUACCACUGAGAUCUAGAAAGGAUCUGCAAUAACAGCAAAACGAUGACCGGUUGACUUUCAAAUUAGAGAGCAUCUGCAACAAAAAGUCAUUUUUCUGGUAUGGAAAGCUAAAAAUUUUACUGUGAAUUGUUUUUGUACAGUUUUAUCAGAAAAGAAGCUUUUUUUUCUUUUUUCUUCUUUUUUUUUUUUUGCCAACCAUUGCCAAUGUCAAUCAAUCACAGUAUUAGCCUCUGUUAAUCUAUUUACUGUUGCUUCCAUUUACACUCUUCAACGCGCAAGUUGUCCUGGGUUCUGUGAGUCCUGAGAUGGAUUGAAUUCUCGAUGCUGGUGCUAGAAGUAGGUCUUCAAAUAUGGGAUUGUUGUCCCACCCCUGUACUGUAUUCCCAGUGGCCAAACUUAUUUAUGCUGCUAAAUGAAAGAAAAAAAAAAGCAAAUUAUUUUUUUUUAUUUUUUUUUUCUGCUGUGACGUUUUAGUCCCAGACUGAAUUCCAAAUUUGCUCUAGUUUGGUUACAGAAAAAGACUUUUUGCCACUGAAACUUGAGCCAUCUGUGCCUCUAAGAGGCUGAGAGUGGGAGAGUUUCAGACAAUUAAGAGUGAAGUUUGCCUGCAGUAAAGAAUUGAGAGUGUGUGCAAAGCUUAUUUUCUUUUUUCUGGGCAAAAAAUUAAAACACAUUCCUUAGAACAAAGCUGUUUCAGCCUGUUCUGUGGGGAAACUUUUCUUUUUGAGGGCUGUGGUGAAUGGAAUGAACAUACAUAAUAAAACUGACAAAAUGUUUUAAAAAAAUAUAAAACACAAAAAUGAAAAUAAAAGUUGCUGGUCAGUCUUAGUGUUCUGCAGUAUUUGGGAAAACAGCUGUUACAGUUUUAUUGCUGUGAGUAACUGACAAAGCAGAAACUCAGGUUUCUGUAGAAAAGGUAUCACAUGCAAACAAACAAAAAAUGAACGAAAAAGUCCAAUGGUUUGCCUCAUUCUCCAAGAGCCACAACUCAAGCUGAACUGUGAAAGUGGUUUAACACUGUAUCCUAGGCGAUCUUGGUUUUUUUUUUUCCUCCUCUUGUUUUUUGUUUUAUUUAUAGUCUGAUUUAAAACAAUCAGAUUCCAGUUGGUUAAUUUUAGUUAUGUAACAACCUGACAUGAUGGAGGAAAAACAACCUUUAAAGGGAUUGUGUCUAUGGUUUGAUUCACUUAGAAAUUUUAUUUUCUUAUAACUUAAGUGCAAUAAAAUGUGUUUUUUCAUGUUA